UGCCGAGGAGACGCGUGUAAGUCUGCGCUGCUACUUAAACCUCUAAAUCCUUUCUAAAAAACCUCAAUUCGUCAGCGUCAUUCAGCCAAACUACAACAUCAGCGUUAAAGAAAACACCGCUGUCACAAAAGAAGACAAAUCGCCGCCGAACACAACAAUCCAACUUCACUAAUUCUGCUCCACCGACGGUCAAAGUCAAGCUGACCGCUAGCAAGGCCUGGAGGCUAGCAUCGAUGCUAACAGCGCCGCUAGCGUUAGCCCCAAGAGGAACAGUCGGAGGGAAAUGUUCCUGCUGCCAAGGAGGAGUCCGGUGCCUCUUUGUCAGUAAUACUGGCAGCUAUUAACACCAUGAAGUCUGAGUUCUCAUUCAAAUUUGAUGGCAUUCUCACUACGAUUAAGGAAAGACAUUACGGACUGUUCAGGAAGUCACACAGGCAGAGACGAGAAUCUGCGCUCCGGGAGAAGGUGAAACUUCUAGAAGGGAAAAAUAAAGGCCUGGACCUGGAGGCUUGGUCACGUCGCUCCAAUGUACGGCUUUUAAUUUACCUGAGGGCGCGGAGGGUGAAGACACCUGUGGAUUCCUGGAGAGCUGGAUACCGGAGGAGCUAGCUCUGCUCCGGGGGAAAGAGUCACACAGGGUUGGUCCAAUACGGCAACAUAGAACCAACUCCGCACCUAGAACCCUUAUAAUGAAGUUCCCGAGUUACAAAGAAGCGGUGAUGAGAGAGGCGAGGGCGAAACGGAAGAUCCUCUACAAGAACCAGCAGAGACCAGCUUCCUGCUGGGAAACGCUCAGAUCGUGGAGUGGCCGGUCGUCUACAGCAAUGACGGAUUCUGUAAACUGUCUGGAUUCCACAGAGCAGAAGUCAUGCAGAAGAGCAGCACAUGCAGUUUUAUGUACGGAGAGCUGACAGACAAGAAGACCAUCGAUAAAGUCCGGCAGACGUUUGACAACUACGAGUCCAACUGCUUCGAGGUCCUGCUGUACAGGAAGAACAGAAGUCCGGUGUGGUUCUACAUGCAGGUGGCUCCCAUCAGAAACGAGAACGAUAAGGUGGUUCUGUUCCUCUGCACCUUUAAGGACAUCACUCUGUUCAAGCAGCCCAUCGAGGACGAGACCACCAAAGGUUGGACUAAGUUCGCUCGGCUCACCAGGGCGCUCACCAACAACCGAAACACUCUGCAGCAGCUGGCGCCCAUCAGCAAACAUGAAGUCAGCCACAAACAGUCGAGGCUGGCCGAGGUCCUGCAGCUCAACUCUGACAUCCUCCCUCAGUACAAGCAGGAGGCGCCCAAGACGCCGCCACACAUCAUCCUGCACUACUGCACCUUCAAGACCACGUGGGACUGGGUCAUCCUCAUCCUCACCUUCUACACCGCCAUCAUGGUGCCCUACAACGUCUCCUUCAAGACCAAGCAGAACAACAUCGUGUGGCUGGUGCUGGACAGCGUUGUGGACGUCAUCUUCCUCGUCGACAUCGUCCUCAACUUCCACACCACCUUCGUGGGUCCCGGCGGGGAGGUGAUCUCCGACCCCAAGCUCAUCCGGAUGAACUACCUGAAGACCUGGUUUGUCAUCGACCUGCUGUCCUGCCUGCCCUACGACAUCAUCAACGCCUUUGAGAACGUUGACGAGGGCAUCAGCAGCCUGUUCAGCUCCCUGAAGGUGGUUCGGCUGCUUCGUCUCGGCCGAGUCGCCAGAAAACUGGAUCAUUACCUGGAAUAUGGAGCCGCCGUUCUGGUUCUCCUGGUCUGUGUGUUCGGACUGGUGGCCCACUGGCUCGCCUGCAUCUGGUACAGCAUCGGAGACUACGAGGUGAUCGAUGAGGCCACCAACACCAUCAAGAUGGACAGUUGGCUGUACCAGCUGGCCAUCAGCAUCGGGUCGCCGUACCGGUACAACGCCAGCGGCUCUGGCCAGUGGGAGGGUGGACCCGGUAAAGACUCCCUGUACAUCACCUCACUGUACUUCACCAUGACCAGCUUGACUACCAUCGGCUUCGGGAACAUCGCCCCGAGCACCGAUGGAGAGAAGAUCUUCUCCGUGGCCAUGAUGAUGGUCGGAUCUCUGCUCUAUGCCACCAUCUUUGGAAACGUGACCACCAUCUUCCAGCAGAUGUACGCCAACACCAACCGCUACCACGAGAUGCUCAACAACGUCAGGGACUUCCUGAAGCUCUACCAGGUUCCUAAGGGCCUCAGUGAGCGGGUGAUGGACUACAUCGUGUCCACCUGGUCCAUGUCCAAAGGCAUCGACACGGAGAAGGUUUUAUCCAUCUGUCCUAAAGACAUGCGAGCCGACAUCUGCGUCCACCUCAACAGGAAGGUGUUCAACGAGCAUCCUGCGUUCCGGUUGGCCAGCGACGGCUGCCUUCGCUCGCUGGCGGUGGAGUUUCAGACGACCCACUGCGCUCCAGGAGAUCUGAUCUUCCACGCCGGCGAGAGCGUCGACACCCUCUGCUUCGUGGUGUCGGGGUCACUGGAGGUCAUCCAGGACGACGAGGUCAUCGCCAUCUUAGGUAAAGGCGACGUGUUCGGAGACGUCUUCUGGAAGGAAACCACUCUGGCCCACGCCUGCGCUAACGUCCGGGCGCUAACCUACUGCGACCUCCACGUCAUCAAGAGGGAAGCUCUGCUCAAAGUCCUGGAGUUCUACACGGCGUUUGCCAACUCCUUCUCUCGAAACCUCAUCCUCACCUGUAACCUGCGCAAACGGAUAAUUUUCCGCAAGAUCAGCGAGGUGAAGAAGGAGGAAGAGGAGCGUCAGCGGGCGAAGAACGAGGUGCAGCUCACCAUCCCGCAGGACCACCCAGUCAGGAAGCUCUUCCAGAAGUUCAAGCAACAGAAGGAGCUCCGUAACCAGGGCGCCGCCGCCGCCGCCUCGCAGCUGGACCUGGAGAAGAACCAGCUGCAGGUGGAGCACCACCAGCACCUCCACCCCCACAGCCUGCAGCUGGGCCACUCCAGCCUGCAGCACUCGCUGCCGCUCAGCCUGCAGCGGCCGCAUGUGUCCCUGCAGAACGGAGCUCCGCCCAGCAGCAGCGUCCUCACCGUGUCGCAGGUGACGCCCAUGCAGAGCUCGCUGGUCUACAACCAUCCCAGCGAGCCGCCCGCCAAGCAGAACAACUGCGACAUCAUGGAGCUGCAGCCCAGUUCAGCCGGCGGCGAGCAGAGCGUCCGGCUGAAGGUCAGCUCCAAUCCGGCUCUGGGGAAACCUGCCGCCAAGGCCAGCGGCUGGAUGAGGCUGAAGAACAACACGGCUCCGGUAGAGACGCGGAAGGAGGGUCUGAACAACAGCGUGAAGGCCGUCUCCGUGGAGAUGCUCUCUCAGGACGGUAAAGGUCUGGAGGCCGGGGGCGGCGAGGCCGAGGAGGGCGGCAGCAACAACCCCCUCCGAAAGACGGACUCCUGCGACAGCGGCAUCACCAAGAGCGAGCUGAGGAUCGACCGGGCCGGAGAGGCCAGGACCCCCGCCGCCGUCACCCCCCUCCUCCACAGCCCCCUCCCCGGAGGAGCCGGGUCUCCUCACCCGUUCUGCCCGAUCCCAGAGCAGGCCCUGCAGGCGGCGCUGCACGAGACCCGGCUGGAGCUCCGAGGCGACAUCCAGACUCUGGGAGGCCGUCUGGGCGCCCUGGAGAGUCAGGUAGCCGAGAUCAUCAAACUGCUGUCGGAGAAGCGGCGGCCGUCCACCGGGGCGCCGCCCGCCUCCAUCACACCCAAAACCAAAAUCCAACGUCAGGACAUCUUCACCGUCUCCAGGCCUGUUUCCCCCGACUCAGAGCGGGACGACGGGCUUUGAAGAGAGCUGAACCAGUGGUGCUGAGACCUUCUGGAGCAGCGACUCCUUAUCCAGCUGCUGCCUCCAGCUGCACCACUGGUUGCCUCUUAACGUUUGCACACUGAUUCAGCCUCCAGGUCAGAGCUCAGCCUCCUCAGCGACCCGGAGCCGGUUAUGAUUGUACAUACCUCUCUAUGCAUGUCCAGCUGGAUUCUGGCCUGCCAAAGAAACUCCACCUGACCGUACUUCUUGCCUGUAUAUUAUGCAGUUGACUGCAUGCAGAUUGAAUUUAAAGAGACGUUUUAUUGAGCUAUACUGUACAUAUGAAUAUUUUUCAUUGAUAAUUUACUAUGUGGACAUUCAGGGUUUGCAUACUGGUAGCACUAUAAACAUUGAAUAACUAAAAGGGUUUCGUGGUAAAGGGAUGGUGCAUGAAUUAUUUAUUAACAGAGAAAGGAGGAAGGAGUUUCUUCUUUUGUUUCUUUGCCUGUGAGAUGAAAUAGUUUGUUCUCACGUCGCCCUCUAUGAACACAGAUUCCCAGAAGCAGCGUCCCUCAGAGCAGGGAGGGAUUUUUUUUCUGGUAUGUUUUUAUAUUAAUUAGUGACUUUUUGCUUUUUAUGAUAAUUUCUAUUUUUGAUUACGGAAACGUCCUUCAGUUCUGAUGUCUGAUGAACCCUUACUCUGUUCUCCUCGUGUCUAUGCAUCACCGGGGUACGCCACUAGAACAUUCUACCUUGGUGAAUGAAGGUUUUUUUCUUUUUUUUUCCCUUUUUGUUCCAUUCCUCUGCAUGAAUCAGGGAUGGCAGAAUGCACUUUGGGUAAAGCUGGGAUGACAAGAAGGCUUUGGGGAAAUAACACGGAGUUUAGUUCACAUAAAAGUUCACUCAUGUAAUCCAACGUGGCGGUCUUAACCAGCGUCUCCCUGCACCUCCCAAUUCCAUUAACAGCUUCGCCACAGAAAGCUCAAGUAAUAAAAAAUGCAACACGCGACUUUUUAUGAGAUCGGUUUUGUGGACGUGCAUGCGGGAGGAGUAGUUUUAUGCUCCGUGCUUACAUGUAUGAGAGCUGACACGCAUCGGACGCAGCGUGACGCUGCCUCUCGCUGCGACGCCGCCUCUCGCUGCGACGCCGCCUCUUCCUGCGACGCCCGAAGACCCAUCGAGACCUUUUCCUCACAGGAGGCGAAUCAGUCGUUGCGUUUGUUUGUUUUCAGGUCUCGUGAGAUUCAGACGCCAUCCUUCCCCCUUCCUCCCUCCCUCAAAACACACAAAGCAUCGCGCUGAAUAAGAACACAGAUUUACAGUAGCCAUCAGAGGAGCUUCAUCUGGUCGUAAACCGAUAGAUUCGCUUUGUUGCAUCAGACGGAGUGAAGUGAAGGACAAGUGGCAGAAAAUGGGCUCAGAGGAGGAAGAAAAGUCACCAACUAGAGAAAGACAUGCAGAAAACUGAGGAUGUUGAGGUUAAUGGACUCCUCAACUCAGAGUUCAGGUUGUUUUAGAUGUCAAACACAUUUUAAAAUGACAAAACAUGGAAAAGACCAUUUAUGUUUGCACACUAACUCGGGAUCAGAGUGCACAAAUCCAAUAUAGACCAUCACAAUAGCAAAUUUGUAGAUUUAAACGUCCCAUAUUGUGUGUCUUUUCAGCCAAUUAAUCAAAUUCUGUCAUGUUCAUGGUCCCACAGUGCGUCAGUUUUUCAGAUUAAACUCCCACAAAGAUGCUUCAUUUCACUAUAACUCCUGGUUAAAGUCCAGUUCUGAACAAUUUUUGCUCUGAAAGCCAAUUAUCUGCUGCUGGCUCUGCCCCCUUUAGGAAGAAAACUCUCUCUGUAUCUGUGAUUUACACAGCAAAGAGACCACAAACUUGCCAUCGCUUCUAACUUUCUUCAACAGUAAUCAUUUGACAUGGAAAUGUCUCUAAAUUUACAGCACAGAUGUUUUUAACUCUUGUAUUUAAUUAGUUUGUUAGAAAAUGUUAGAGUCAUAAAAUUUAACUUUAAAGAUCCCAUAUGGUUCCAAUUUUUAGCAAGUUAAUGCAAAUAUCACUCCCCCACAGUGUUUUCUUCCAUUUAUAGGUCCAAAAUGCCACAAAGAUGCUUCAUUUCAGCAUGACUGUAUAGUUCCUUUAUUUAGGCCUGUUCUAAACGGAACAUUGAAAACCAAUGAACUUCUGUUGGCCCCACCCCCUUCAGGAAGGAAACUCUCUGCAUCUGUAAUAACAAUGUAAAAAGACCACAAAAACUUGACAUGGAAAUAUAUUUUCAACUCAUGUGUUUUUAAUUUGUCAGAGGACAUUGCAGUUAUAAAUUCAGUAGUUUAGGACUAAAUCUGUGAAUGAGAACUGCUUGAUUGUGAAUUCAGCUGUAAGAAAAUGCAGCUUAUGUGAGCAGAGAGCAAUAGGGAAGCUAAUGGAUGGAAACAGCAGCUGAGUCCUUGUUUAUUGGUUUAAAUUAAAGUUUCCAUAGGGAUCUGACCUUUGAGGAUACCAUCAAAGCUAAUGUUAGCCACAUUAGCUGCACAAUGUGCUAACACGAAGGAUUUUGCUGUUGUUGUAGGACACUAAAAUGAAAGUAAUCCACUGCGAGUUGGUUCCUCAGAUGCUGGCAGUGCAUGAAGACUGGUGUUCACUCUGACAGUCAAAAUCAAAACAUUUGGUGAGUUUCGAGACAUUUCAGAGUUUAACAGAAGCAGCUGUAGAAAAUAAAUCAACCUGGUGGACUCAUUCUGAUUGGUCCACCUGGAAGCAUUGAAGGGGCGGAGCUGUAGAGUCUGAGCUGCUAUUGGUUAGUUAGAUGUAGCGUCUAGGUUGAAUUCUUACUAGCUUUUAAUCCUGGGAGGCUAACUAGCUAAACGUCUUCAUAUCUUAGCAACCAAAAAACACAAUUAAAAUAAAUUUUCACCAAAUGGGACCUUCAAGAAGCGGUGGUAGAGUUUUUCAGAAGGAUGAACAGCUUCGUGAAUGUCCUUUUCCCACCACUUUCCCAGCAUUCCUGCAGAGUUUGCCAGCAGAAAAUCUGAAUCCCAACAUUUAUUUAUUUAACUGUGACUCUUAUAAUGGUGGAACGUUUCCAAGUCGUCUCAGCCUUUAACCCUCGUGUCGUCCUGCGAGUCAAAAUUGACCCGUUUAAAGUUUGAAAAUGUGAAAAAAAAGUAUUUUCACUUUGAAAACUUCCAUUUUCAACAUUUUUGUGAAAUGUUUGAACAUUUUUUGUUGGAAAAAAAAUGUUAAAAAAAAAAUAUAUAUAUAUAUUUCUUUAAGAAUAUUCAGAACAAAUCAACCAAAAUCCAGCAAAAUUCACUGGAUUUUGGUUGAUUUUUUUUCUGAAUGUUCUUAAAGAAAAUAUUAGCACUUUUACUGAUAUAUAUGUAAUCAUUUUAGAUAUUUUUAGGGUUUUUUUUGAAAAAUUUUAUUCAUAUUUUUUGAAAAUAUUUACAAUUUUUUUAUUCUUUAAAUUUUUAUUUCUUGCCAAAUUUGGGGGAUUUUUUUUUUUUUUUUUAAAUAAAACUUUUAAGGGAAACUUUUAAGGAAUUAUUGGAAUUUCUUCCUGAAGAUUUUGGAAAUUUUUAUAAAUUUGGGGAAUUUUUUUGCUGAAUUUUUGGAUUUUUUCAAACAAGGAAACAAUAUUUUUUGGUGCCCAUAAAUGAAGACAACAGGAGGGUUAAAAAUCUUUAAUUAUGACUGGUUUAUGACAAAUAUCCACUUUAAAUCUCAGCAGGAUUGAAACAUUGUGAUUAUUAUUUAAAAAAUAUAAUUGUGUAGUCUGAUCCUGAUUUGUUGGUGUGCAUGAAAACGAAUAAUUGAGGUGUGAAAAUCAGUUUUUCCAGCUUCAUUAUUUUAUUCUUGGGAUGAAUUAUCAACAAAAACAGAACAUUUGAGUCAUUUCCACCAAAACACCACUUAACUUUAAACAACCAUGUUUCUCUACUCCGUCAGCAGACUGGAAACUGAUGAGAUUUUACAGCUUUGCGAUGCUAAUGUGCGGACAAUUGCUGCGGUUUUGACAAUAUGCUAAUCAGGUUGUGGUGUUUGGAACAAGCUCAGUUUUAAUGACUUAUUGUGCAAAUGACGGUGUUUUAUUCCUGCCGUCGGCCCGUUUUCCGCUACAACCUGCUUCACUUUCAAUGACAGUUUGGGGUUUUUAUCCGUCCUCCUUCAUGCCGCUGAGCACAUCCCCUGCAGCCGUCAGGAGUAAGUGCCUUGCUCAGGGGCAACUCAGCAGCAACUUCAGGCAAAUUUGCCCCCCGAGGUUGGAGGCAGGAACGAGGUUUAAUGAUGGCUACUGCUGCAGCUUCAUAGAGCGACACAAGCUUCAUAUCUUAGACGUCACUUACACCGAAUAUCACGCAAAGCUAUGCAACGAUUCUCACUAUUUACAGGAGGCUGGCUGUGGUUUCAUAGCUGGGAUCAGACUAAAUACUGCAACUAUAUCUAUCUGAGGGGCGUUAGUAUAUCAGUUAUUAUCCACCAAACAAACGGGAAAACUUUUUUACCCCAGAAUCCUCGACUUGGUUUAGUUUUCUUGGAGGAACAGAAGAUCCCUACAGCUAAUUCCUGUUAGCUUCAGUUCUAUUUGAGCUAAUCUGCUAGCUUUUCAACAUCUAAAAGCUACAUUCCACAUAUCAGAAUGUUUAUAUUCGAAGCUAGCAUGCUAAUAGCAGGAAGCCAAUUCUGACAUAUCAAGUCUGAAAUAUCCUGAAACUGCAGCACCAUGUUGCCGCCACACCGCUAACGGAAAAAUACUACAAGAAACAAUUCAUGACGAGAAAAUUUAUUGAACAUUUUACGACAAAACGUUCUUGUUGUGAUGUGAUGACUUCGAAAGUCAAAAUAAUGUGAAAAUAUCACGUUAUAACAUGAAAAUAUUUUGUUAGGACAUGAAAAUAUUUCAUUUUGUGAUUUUUUUUCCUGUGCAAUAAUGUGAAAGUAUUUUGUUAUAACAUACAAAUAUUUUAUUAGAAUGUUUUAUUUUUAUUAUAAUGUGAAAAUAUCUCAUUACAUGGAAUAUUUUGUCAUAACACCAAAAUAUUUCAUUAAAACACCAAAAUAUCUCAAUAAAACAUGAAAAUAUUUUAAAAUGGGAAAAUAUCUCAUUAUACUAAUAAGAUAAUUUUAUGAUCCAAGAAAAUAUUUUUGUGGUAUGAAGAAAUAUUUUCACGUCAUAACAAGAUAAUUUGUUGUUAUGAAUUUAUAUUUUCAGAUUAUGAUGAGAUUUUUUCAGGAUGCAACGAGAUAUUUUCACAUUUUAGCUAUUUUCAAGUUAUAUACAAAAUAUUUUCAUAUGACGAUGACACUAAAAUAUCUUCUUAUAACGUGAAAAUAUCUUGUUAAAACAUGAAAAUAUUUCAAAAUGUGAAAAUAUCUCGCUAUACUGAAAUAAUGUUUUUAUAACAUCUGAAUUUUUUGUUAGAACUUGAAAAUUGCUCAGAAUGUGAAAAUAUUUCGUUAGCAUUAAAUAAUCUCAUUAUAAUGUGAAAAUAUAAAGUUAUAACAAGAAACUAUCUUGUUGUAACGUGAAAAUAUUUCUUUAUGCAACAAAAAACAUUUAGUUGCAUCAUAAAACUACCUCCUUAUGACAUGAAAAUAUCUUGACAAUAUCUUGUUAUGACAUGAAAAUAUUUCAAAAUGUGAAAAUGUUAUUAUGCUGCAAUAAUCUUGUUAGAAUAUAUCAUAGAAAACAUUUUGUUAUAACUUGAAAUUAGCUAAAAAUGUGAAAAUAUGCCUGAAAUAAUCUCAUUAUACUCUAAAGAUUUUAAGUUACAACAACAAAAUGCCUUGUUAUAACAUGAGAAUAUGUCUUUAUACCACAAAAACAUUUUGUUGGAUCAUAAAAAUAUCUCAUGACACCAAUUAAAAUUGUGAAAAUAUCUCAUUACACUGCAAUAAUACCUUGUUCUAACCUCAAAAUAUAUUGACUUGAAAAUAGCUCAAAAUUUCAAAAUAUGUCAUUAUAUCCUGAAAUAAUCUCAUUAUGAUGUGAAAAUAGUAAUUUAGAGCAAGAAACUCUCUCGCUAUAACAUGAAAGUAUUUCUUUAUACCACAAAAACAUUUUGUUGCAUCAUAAAAAUAUCUUGUUUUGACAUGAAAAUAUUUCCUUUUAAUAUGACACUGUCAGAAUGUUAAAAUAUCUCGUUAUAACAUUAAAAAUAUGUCAUUAUUUCUUUAUAAUGUCAAAAUAUGUGUAGAUAUUUGGCUAUAAGGUGAAAAUAUCUUAUUUUGAUAUUGAAAUUUUCAUUCUAACAUUCGAAUAUCUUGUUAAAACGUGAAAAUGUCUCGUAGGGUGAAAAUUAUCACAAACUGUUCAUGUUAUAAUGUGAUAUUAAUCUAUUUUUCUGUUUCUGCUGCCGGCUGCAAUACGCUGAUUUUGAUUCUUGAACACUGGCGCCCCAUUUAAUAAGUUCAAACUCAACAACCAACUAGAAGAAAACCCGUCAUGUACUGCUGCUGUCAUUUAAAUUACUAUUUAUUAAUAAGGACCUUCAUUCAAACCUUUUCUCUCUCGUCUUGCUGUUUUCUGGUCUUUUCUACUAAAUUUAUGGACCAACUUUUAGACUUUUCUUGAUCUGUUCAGAUGGGUUUUUAUUCAUGUUUGGUUCAGUUUUGGAUUUUUCCCUCCUAGAUUCAUAAAUGUCUGGUGGGUUUGGGUAUAUUUUGGAUUCAGUAUGUAUUUGAUCUAAAAUGUUUAGCUGUGCAGACUGAUUUUCAUCUUCUUGCUACACUAAAAGUUAUCUUAACUCAGUUUAAGAGGAAAAUCCAUAUCCAGCUACCUGGUGGAAGCGUUUUUAAUUUCUUACAGAUACCAGAUGCUAUUUUAUCACACUGAGGUACAAGUUUACAGUUUGACGCCUUGUUUUUUGCCUCCUUUUAUGCACCAGUACCACAGAAACAGACCAGAAUGCAUCGCAGCUCGACUGCUUCGGUCUCAUUUGACAGCCGAGACUCGAUUCUCCGGAGACGUUAAAAGCUUUUUAGGAAACAAGGAAAUCGCUUAGCGACACAGCUGGAGGAGCAGCAGGAAUAUAAAUGACUAAAUAUCUCCCAGAACGCACCGAACAUCUCACAUUUAUUAUACCUCUGUGAAUGUAUUCCCUCUCAGAGUCUGCAGAUGUUCUGUCAUUAAAAUCUGAUCUUAUAAUAGAACUGAAGCCACAAUACGAGGCGAGAGAUAGAAGAAGGCAGUUGUUUGGUGUCUCUUCGAACUUCAAAACUGAAAUUCUGCUCUUCAAAGAAUCCAUUUCCCUUAAAUGACUUUAGAGUCUGUUGAUCUUUUAAAAUAUAAUUGAGAUCAGAGUUAUCUGUACGUAUAUUGGAGGAAUGUGUGAAAUCCUGCUACAAAUGCUGGGAUUUCUAACCAAAAUCUUUCCUUUUCUACUCAAACACUCAAAUUAAGACCUUAAAAUGGUGUUACCACAAUAGAUUCAGCUUUAAAGCUUGUAGCUCGAUGCAAAUAUGGCUGUCUAUGGUUGAAUAAAAGUUCAUUAAUGAAACAAGGAGCAAAGUGUCUAAAAGAACAAAAAAUGUGUUGUUUAGAACGUAGCAUUCCCCAAAGUUUCCUUAAAACGAGAUUCUAGUCUCAUAUUCUAAAUCAGCCAAACUCGACGAACUAUUUAAAAUGUCUGCUUUCAGUAAAGACUUUCAUCAUUGACUGCAAAUAAUCGGUUCCUCUAAACAGCAGAAAGCUUUAAAUUUUCAUUUAUCAGUUGAAACUUCAGCUAAAACGCUAAUCAGCCACAACAUUAAAACCAGGCGUCCCAUUGAGGAAACUCAUUUUUAGUUCCUCGUAUCUACAAUCUCAUGCUUUCUCAUGGCCAGAAUCAAAAACCAAACUCCGAGGGCUAGCUGGCGGCAUCAGAGCAUCUACAAUUAGUUCCACAUAGAAUACAACUUUCUGUCCAAGAACGUAGUUUUAAAAGUUUAUUCUGCAUAAAAUACUACUUUCUAACAAACAAGUUAUGUUUUUAAAGGUUUGUUCCACCCUAAAUACGACUUUCUGUACAAGAAUGUAGAGUUUUAAAGAUUUAUUCUACCAAAAAAUUAUUUUCUGUCCAAGAAGUCACACCGUUACGUUUGUUUCACUUUCUGUCCAAAUACAGAACAUUUUAAAGGGUUAGGGUUAAAUGUUUCCUUCUCCCAGUUAAUACCUUCUAACAAACAAGUUAUGAUUUUAAAGGUUUGUCUUACACAAAAUCGUAUCGUUUCAAAGGUUGAUUCCACCCAAAAUACUACUUCCUGUGUUUUUCAGUAGGACAAUGCUCUCUGUUGUUCAGUAAAUGUUUGAGGAACAAAACAGAGUUCAGGGUGUUAAUUUAGCCGCCAAAUUCCUCAAAGCAAGUCAAAGCAAGACUCCUCUUUGCAUCUUCCAGGUCUUAAAGUAUCUCCUGCAAACAUCUUGUUGCCUGAAACCACAGGACUCCUUUAGGGUUCUGCGUAGGUGUAGUCUGACCGUCACGAUAUUCAGUCGAUGGUUUUAAUGUUGUGGCUCGUCUCUCGCUGUGUGUUCUCAAGUAAAAACUUUUGAGAAAAAAUACAGCUAAGGUGACAAAAUUCAUAUCAGCUCAGGAUUUAUUGGAUCACCUUGUCAUUUGGCACCAGUUUUAUCAGGAUUUUCCCACAAACCAAUUAAUUCUGCAUCUCCCAGCGUCCAGUACGUUAAAGUUCGUGACAGUUUCCUGAAAUAAUUCCAGCAUGUUCAGCUUUUAGGUCCUAAAAUCUUUCAGUGCAGCAGCGAGUAACUUGGUCAGGUCAGUGUUGGAGGAAGUAGACUUUUUAGAUUUGCAAUACUGAGCUAUAAAAGGUGAGGAAAGUGUUCCCUCAGCAGCAGAUGAUGAGGCGCAGGACGGCGGAUUCACCUGAAGCCUGUCAGCUGGUCUUUAUUAAACGAGACGAGGCGGUGAAGGGCAGCUGCUCCUCUGAUCUAAAACACCGACUCACCUUUCAGCACUGGAUUCUUCGCCACUUGAAUGUACAACAAACCUCCUUCUGCUGCUCUCGGGCUUUUUCACUGGGAGCAGGGAGGGUUUUUUUGAGUUUGUUUCAUCUCCCCUUUUUUCUCUCCUUCAAGAGCACUUUCCUUCCUCUUACGUUCAGCCUUGAAGCCUGUAGGAGGUCUUCUUCUCCUGUCUCUUUGAAAACACCUCCUUCCUCUUGCAGCAUCUUGUUUUCCCUCUGAUCCUCCAUCUAUCCUCUCUCUCAUCUUUGAUCUGUCUUCAUCUCCUCGGCAUGCUGAUGAUGUUCAGUCCGUCCGUCUGCGUCCUGCCGACUGACGGACGUCGCCGAUCCUCGAUCUCGGCGACCGAAGGGCCUAGUUUAUUGAAAUUAUCCAUCAGCCUGAUUCAAUCGGAGCACAUUGCAUCUCAAAGAAAUGGAAGUCAUCUCCUGGGUAGUGAUAGAAUUCUUUAUUGCUUCACUUCAGGAUUAAUCUUUCAUCAAUCCUGGGGAUGAUUUGAAUGAACGUGGCCCUUCACUAAGCUUUUCCUCAAUCUUUCUCUAUUCUUUCUCUGCUGGAAUGUUAUCAGUCUGUGCUGUUCAGUGGAAGCAGCACUGGAAUCCACCACUGACUCAUGUAUUGUUUUACAGCUGCACAGCUGAACUGUAGUGUCAGAAUAAUAAACAUCCGUCUGGGAUACUCUC